AUUCGGAACUGAAAAUUUCAAGUCAAUAUCAUAGAUAUCUCAAGAUAGCAUGCAAAAUUCGACAGUUAUCAGCAGGGUGAACGCCGGUUUGAGUCGCUGUUUGAGCCACCACCGGCGAUUGUGUCGCGGCAUCGCCGAACUGGACCGCCUUAUCUAUAGCGACGAGUUCCUCAAGGAUCCGCGGACCCAGUGGCUCCUCCAGCAGAGGCGCCUAAGGGAGGAGGACACGGAGAUGGGUCGACUGAUCGGUCAGUCUGGCAUAAAGAAUAAUCUGUCGGUGAGCCGGGCCUUUUGCCAGCUGCUCCAAGCCGAGACUCCGAGGUCCAGGGCGCCCAAAGGACCUCUUCCGGCUCCCACGCCCCAGCCGUCGCCCGAAAGACGUCCCAGUUUGAGGUUUCCUCGUCCCGAAAGGAAGGCCUCCUCCUCCAAGAACUGCCAAAGCGAGUGAGUCUCCCAAGUCUGGCAGGGAUCUACGAUCUACGAUCCGAUCUCUGCCAGACUUGUGAGCCUCUGGAGCCCAGGAACAACCGAAUCCCACACAUAUGAGGAAGGGGAUGAGGAAGUGGAGGAGGUGUGGUUCGGUAUCCGUGCUGCUCUCGUUAUUGUUAUGAAUAAGUUAAUAACAUGGCGGAAGGCUUCUUUUGUCGUGGCCCAAACAAGCAACAACCUGGCAGGCAGCGCUUAUUAAA